ACAGGGUGAAUGUGAGUCUGCUGCUCAUGUGAUAUUUGUGUAGGAAGUGUAAAGGGCUGCCUCUUCAAGAAAAAGAGGGCAAAUAAAGUUUUGUUUCUGUUCAGUUCCAUUCUACCUUUUUAUUGCUCUAUUCAAAGAACUCUGAAGGGGCACUUCCAACCCUGGGCAAAAAAUGAACAAUUUGAUUGUUUCAGUUAGAAAUAACUAUACAGUACUUGAAUACUGCUACAAGUGAUAAAUGAUUACAGAAAUUACAAAAUUUACUACUAGUAUUACUAAUACUACUGUAUCGCCUCCUACAACUUUGAAGAAAUUGUACUAAAUCAUUGUUUACAUACAAUAACAGUAUCAACAAUUGAACCAUAUUGUUACUAUUAUUAAUAUUAUUGUUUUGUGUUGUAUACCCCCUUCAUCCAACGUGUUUGUCAGUGACGCAUUUUUUGUGUGUGUCAUCCACAGGUACAGAGAACACACCCCUGCAGGUCAUAGCCCUGGUCCUCAGCCUGGGCUACUUCGUCUUCGACAUGGGCUGGUGCGUGUACUACCGCACGGAGGGCCCGCUGAUGCUGGCGCACCACACCAUGAGCAUUCUGGGAAUCCUGCUGGCGCUGGUGCAGGGCGAGUCGGGCAUCGAGACGUGCGCCGUGCUCUUCGGCACGGAGAUCACCAACCCGCUGCUGCAGGCGCGCUGGUUCCUGCGCAAGCUGGGCCGCUACGACACGCUGGCGGGCGACGCGGUCGACGCGCUCUUCGUCCUGCUGUUCGCCGGCGUGCGCAUCGGGGUGGGCGGCCGCAUGCUGUACUGCGAGCUCGCCUCGCCCCGCCCCUCGCUGGCCGUCAAGGGGGGCGGAGUGGCCAUCUACGGCCUCUCCUGCGUCUUCAUGGUGGACAUCGCCCGCUUUGCCUGCCGGAAAAGCGCCGGCAAAUUCCGCCGCUGGAAGGAGCAAUGCAAAGCGCUAGGGGCCAAUGGGAACUCUGGGAGGACCGGCUGAGAACUCCGCCCCCGGGAUGUGGAACGUGAGGACAAUCUGGAUAUGGAGAACGAGAGAUAGGAAGGAAACAUUCGCUUUGAAGUUACAUAUUGCACAAUGCACAGCAAGAAACAAACUCACUUUUAUUUUUUAAAAAUAUUUGUUUGUAGCUCAUUUUAUUAUGUUAAGUAACAGACCGUGCAUGUGUGAGAGUGUGUAUGUAUAGUAUUUAUGGUAAUACCUAUGUUUUUGUCCUUACUGAAAACAAAGUGGUGCUGAAUAUCAUUCACAAUGUAAAAUUGAUUUAUAGUUUUAUAAAUUAUACAUUUUAUUUCUAGACAGAAAUAAGCAGCCAGACUUGAUAAACCGUACUAAUCAUCAUAUGACAAAAUGUAAAAUGUUUUUGGCUUAAAAAUGUGUUUGUACUAUAGCUUGACUAUACUAUAUACUAUUGACUUGAGUUUUAUCUACCUCUUGUUCAGCUGAGACAUUAGCAAACAGCUUUUUUAACUUUGUGUACUGAAAGGAUUGUGCAAGUUAGUUUUUAGAAUUCUGAACCAGUCUACUUAUUUUGGAGAAAAGAUAACGUUUUAUCUUGGUUUACUCAAUAUGAAAGGGUUAAAAUAUGUUGCAUCUGCUGGAUUUUAUUUUAACUUGUUAAAUGUUGAAAUGCUAGCAUUAGCAAUCUCACUGCCAAAUCCUGCUGCUGUAUACUGUGAAUGGAUGCAGUGUAGUCUAAGCACUUAACACCUCGUUUGGUACAAUGUUCGUGUGGCAUACCCUGGAGAUUGUUUGUUUUCUGAAGGCAGAAGUCACCAAACACAAGAUGCAUAUUUAAGUAAUAAAGCAAUGGGAAGAACCAUAAUUAUUCUAAUGAACCUCACUCUAACACUGAAGCAUGGUUUCAGACUCAGGCUUCAGGAAGUGAUCAAGUGUAACAGUAUUAAUCGUGAUCAUUUAGGCAGAAGGAACUUCCUGCUAUUCCAUAGGAUAAUUAACCCGAAGGAAAGUAUUUGGUUGAAGAACGUAAUCCAAAAAUGUGUUAAAAACUUUGUUGAUGAAUUUAUACUGGGAAAUCUGGGGAAGGUCAUAAUUCAGGUAAAUAUUGCAUAAAGUGUAACAGUAUUAAUCGUGAUCAUUUAGGCAGAAGGAACUUCCUGCUAUUCCAUAGGAUAAUUAACCCGAAGGAAAGUAUUUGGUUGAAGAACGUAAUCCAAAAAUGUGUUAAAAACUUUGUUGAUUAAUUUAUACUGGGAAAUCUGGGGAAGGUCAUAAUUCAGGUAAAUAUUGCAUAAAUUUGUCAGGUAAUAGCCAGUUACUGUAUAUGUGUCAGAUAUGUCCAAUAGAACUUGCUUUAUUUUAUUAUGUAUUAAUUAGUUAAAUAAAAUAAUGCACAUUUGAGUACAAA